GCACAAUGGCCGCAGAACAAAAUGAGAGUUCUCUAUAUCUUUGCUUAGAAGCACUGUAGGUUUCAUUGAACACAGUGGGAUUUAUUUCCGCGUAAACAUAUUCGCACCGCACAUUACAGCACUAUCGUCUGAUUCCUAGAUUCCUUCCACCAUGCUCGCCUUCCGUUUUAGGACGGGAGUCCAGUCCUGUAAGGUUUUCCUUUUCCAGAUGCCUCUUCGGUAAGGCCAUUUCUUUUCUGCCACUUCCCUGGGAUUCCCGCUUCCGCGUUUUCCUCUGCACCGCGUAGCCCCGGCUCCUCUCUUUCUCCUCCUCUCUCUAACUCCACGAUCCGCGCUCCAGGUUUCGCCGAUCGCCCAGCCGACUCCGCCCCGCAGCUCCGGUUUCAGCUGCUGCUACAGGGACCCCCAAGAUGGAAACGCAGGGGCUGCCUGCCGCCGUGGAGGCGGCCCGGCCCGAGCCCGGCACCCAACAACAUGGCGGCAGCGCCGUUGUGGGUGACGGGGCCGCCUCCUCCUCCUCCUCCUCAGGGCCCGCUCGCCGACCUCCUCGGUCUCAUGACUCGGCGGCAGCAGGAGCCUCGGGCCUGGAGGUCACAUUCCCAGUGUUGCUGGUGCUUGAAGGGAAGAAGCCGCCGGAACCGCCUCCGCUCCCCCCGCCGCCGCCUCCGCCGCCAGGACCCGCCGCCGCGUCCAGCGUCUCCAUCUCGGCGGCCACCACCUUCGCCCUGUCGCCGCCGGGAGCCGGAGGAGGCCCUGGUGGGCAGCCGGACAGCGAGGCUCUGCUGCUGGUGCUCAACUUGGUGCGGGGCGGGGCCUCCGGGGGCUCCUCGUUGGAAUCGCCGCCGCCUGGGCCGGAGAAGUUGCGCGGCCGCGGCGAGGGGGGCAGCGGCGCUCCGUCUUCGGGGCCCCCCUCAGAGGGGAGCGGGCAGCAGGAGGACCUCGGCACUGGCGGCUCGUCGUUCUCGGGCACGCUCACCAUCAACAACCAGAGCCUGCUGGUGCGCUUCGAAAACGGCCUCCUCAGCCUGGGAGGCCCCGCUGCCUCCACGCCGCCGCCCCCCCAGCAGCCGCCGCCGCCCCAGCUCCCCAGCCGAGCCGUCGAGGCUUCAGCCCCAGCUGCAGGCGGCGGCCCAUCUCGGACUCCGGUGGCUUAUCCUUGCCCCGAGCCCCGCUGCGCCGAGACCUUCUCUCGCAAGCAGCUGCUGCGGCUGCAUCGGCUGUCGGCGCAUGGCGGGACGGCGGUGGCGGCUGCAGCGCAGGAUCGUCGUGGUGGAGCCAGAGGAGAGGCGGCGGCGGCGGGCUCAGGUGGGGCGGCGCGUCCCCACUGCUGCUCGUUUCCCGGCUGCCCUUGGGCCUUCGCCACCGCCUACAAGCUGCGGCGCCACCUGCACUCGCACGACAAGCUGCGGCCUUUCGCCUGCUCCGCGCCCGGCUGCACGAAGCGCUUCACCACCAUCUACAACUUGCGGGCGCACAGCCGGGCUCACGAGCAGGAGGCGACGCACAAGUGCGAGGCGUGUGGGCAGCGCUUCCCCAGCGCGGCCCGCCUUGGGGUGCAUCAGCGGCGGAGCCAUCUGGAGCCUGACCAGGCUUACCGUUGCGAAUAUCCAGGUUGUGAGAGGACCUUCAUAACAGUGAGUGCAUUAUUUUCUCAUAACCGAGUCCACUUCAGGGAACAAGAACUAUUCUCCUGCUCCUUCCCAGGCUGUAACAAGCAGUAUGACAAAGCCUGCCGACUGAAAAUCCACAUGAGAAGUCACACAGGUGAAAGACCUUUUAUCUGUGAUUUUGAAGGUUGUGGAUGGUCCUUCACUAGCAUGUCCAAGCUACUAAGACACAAAAGGAAACAUGAAGAUGACAGGAGAUUUACAUGCUCUGUAGAAGGCUGUGGAAAAUCCUUCACAAGAGCAGAGCACUUGAAAGGCCAUAGUAUAACUCAUCUUGGUACAAAGCCAUUUGAGUGCCCUGUGGAAGGUUGUUGUGCAAAAUUCUCAGCACGCAGUAGCCUCUACAUUCACUCUAAAAAACAUCUUCAGGAUGUGGAUUCAUUGAAGACUCGUUGCCCUGUAUCCAGCUGUAACAAAUUGUUCACCUCCAAGCACAGUAUGAAAACACACAUGGUCAAGCAACAUAACUUUAGUGCAGAUCUCUUAAAUCAGAUGGAAACUUUCAGCUCUCUCACGCCUAGCAGUGAACUUGCCAGUUCAGGACAAAGUGACCUCAACAAUAUAGACCUUGCUUCCCUUUUUUCCAGUAUGUCUGGGAGCAGUUCUGGAAUUUCAGCUGAUAUGGCGCUAAUAAACUCUGGCAUUCUCACUAUAGAUGUUGCUUCGGUGGGCUCCACGCUUGGAGGAAAUCUUUCUGUCAGUAGCAAUUCUCUUGGUCAAACGGUUGACCCACUGAUUUUAGUGGCUAGCAGUGACAUUCCACACAGCCUGGAUAGCUCUCUUCUGUUGGGAACCACUGCCACAGUUUUACAGCAAAGCACUUUAAAUUUGGAUGAUGUACAGACAGUAAAUGCAGAAGCCUUAGGCUCCUUAGCAUCAUUGUCAGCAAGGAAUUCCAGUCAAGACCUGCAUGGUUUGACCUCCAGCAAUAAUCUUUCAGGAGACACAGCCACUUUAACCCCUUCCAGCAGUCUUGGUGGAAGCAACACACCUGAAUUACUGGCUCCAAGUAAAGCAGAACCAACUUUACUUCCUGGCCUGGAUGUUGUGGGACAACAAGAAGGCAGUAAAGUGCUGACUCAGUUUGUGUUCUCCAACCCUCCAGGAAGUUACAGUGCACAGAAAGAAACUGAUCUGAGCACGGUGACUGGCAGCUCCUUUCUGGAGAGUGGUGGGUCUGCGAGAACAGAUUAUAGAGCCAUUCAGCUUGCCAAGAAAAGAAAACAGAAAGGAAAUGGAAGCGACAUUGUGUGACUUGCUUCUAGGUAUGCAUGUUUAAGAAUGCAGUCUUGGAGCCAUUUUGAAUACAACUAAACAGUGGAAGAAGAAAAUGCAUUUUACCGCCCUGGGCCACUUUAGGAAGGGCAGUAUAUAAAUUGAAUAAAAAAUAAAUAUUCUAUUCCGUUUCUUGUGCUGCUUCUCAUCUGAAAUUGAUGCAUAUGUGUGUGUAUAAGCAGGAAGGAAAUACUGUCCCAGCAAUAGGAGUUGGUGCAUCUCCCCUUUAGAGGGUGUGUGUGUGUGUGUGCGCGCGCGUUUGCAUACUUGCAAGAUGCAUUUUGAACAAGAAAUAAAUGCAUUGCGUAGAACCCACUUAAUGUCUCAUCUAAAGCCCUUGAUGUAAUAUCGUCCUUUUUUUGGAUGAGUUGAUAUUCUGUGUCUGCAUGUGUGCCCUCAGGGUAUGUAGCUAUGGUCUUCGCUUCUAUAGAAUUGUUACCUUUUGAAAAGUAACUGUAUAUUUCAAUUAUAACCUUCUAUAAGGAUAAAAUCUUCACAAAGUAGUUUAUGAAGAUAGAAACCUAAAAACAAGAACUACAGAGUGAAAAGCAGUAAAAGCAGAUGUGUAAGCAACAGGAUAAAACUAUAUUGUAAAAAGCAUUAGAAAUUCAAGAAGAUCAUGCAUUUAUGAUAAAGCACCAGGAAGAAUAAUAAUGUUUUUGUGCCCCUCUUAAAAGCUGCCAGUGUGGGAAUCUAUAGGAGAGGCUUGUUGCUUAUUAAGAAUGUGAAUGCUUAUAAAGUGUAAUGUUAGUGUUAGAUGUUGCAAUAAAUGAGGUUUUUUGUAAAACUUCAAACAUUAAUUUUCUAUUAUAGGUUUAGGUGCACACAGUUUUUAAAUAGUGCUGUUUUAGAGUAUUCAAAGCACUUCAUGUACACAGUGGCCUCUUUUGGAAAGGGGGAGGAGGCUGUGAUUGAAGUAUUGGUAAAAAGAAUGUGGGUUUAGAAAUGGAGGAUAUGCACUGAGCCAAUACAAAUGGGAGCUUAAAGGAUAGGUGAUUGAUGUAAUUGGGUAGAGGAAGGAGUCUUGUGAGGAACUGCCUAAAAAAAGCUUAGACUGUUUUUCUUCUACCAACAGUGCAACAUGCUAUAUUGCUGAUCCUUUUUAGUAUUAUAGCCCUGUUAAAACAUUUUCCCCCCAAUAUGGCGAUUUCUUGAUAAACGCAUCGCGUAAAAUGUCGCUUGCCAUUCUGUUCAGCAUAAUGCAGGCGGUUUUGAGCUACCCACACACCUCUGUGGGCCACUAAGGAACUGCUGAUGGCCUUGUGCAAGCUUGUAAAUAUUUAAAGAAGCUCGCCUGCACUUCAGGAGUGCUCCUUACUUUAUUGCCAAUCUGAGUAGUGCUCUACCAACCCUGAACUUGUUAGAUGCCAUCUUGGUUUUAUUUUGGAUCCAACCGUUGUUUCAACUUUUUCAGUGGUGUUGAGUCAUAUAUUUUUGUAUGUGCUAAAAUAGUCUUGUUUAUGUAGUAAACAUACUUUCUUUAUAUCUGAUGUUAAUGGAAAACUGUUCUAUUUAUAAAAUGAGAUGUAGCACAAUCUUAUGCAUGUUUACUCAGAAGUAAAUCCAGUGUAGUUCAUUGGGGCCUACUCCCAUAUACGCACAUAGGAUUACAGUCUUGGGGACUUUUGGUUAUCCAAUUCCAGAACUUAUAAAACAUGAAAUGUUGCUGUUUGGUUAUACCUGGUGUCAUGUGUGUUUUUAAUAUGUAUUAUUUAAAUGUAUUAUUUAAAUUUGGGUUUCUUAACCUU